AUGGAGAAGAUGAAGAAAUCCCAAAUUCUGAAGCUUUUUUUGAUAUCAGCUCUUUGCAUUAUAACGCCUCUUUUAUCCACAUCUUUCAGACCUAAAUAUCUCUACUUCAUCGUCAACAUUCUCAUCAUUGCAGUUGGAGCAGAAUCCGGGCUUGCUUCAUUUUUCCUUAAAGCUCCAGAAAACAAAGAACGUGCAGAGAAAUCGACCACCACCUCAAACGAUGUUACUAACAGUAUAGAUCAGACUACGAACAAAUCGGUUAGGGUUUUCAAGAAAUCUUCAUCUGAGAAGAUUGCCGAUACAGUAAAGGUUUUAGAAAAAUCUCCUCCGACCCAGGGCCUAUUUUUUAUUGAAGAAGCAGACGAAGAAGAUUGCAUCGAAGAAGACGAUGUCGAUGAUGAGGGAGAAGAGGUUGGGGUGCUUAGUGGGCAGGAAUUAUAUCAUAAAGCUGAGACAUUUAUUGGAGACUUUUAUAAUCAGUUGAAGAUGCAGAGAGAUGAAUCAAUGCAGAAACUUCAUGGCAUUUAUCAAAAGGCCUUUUGA